GUGGCUACGAACCCGAUCGGAAUCAACUAUAGAGCCGUCAUGUUAUUGCAUCCGGCAAUAUUCAGUGAGUACACUGUACGGCCAAGCAUGUCGUAUCUUGCAAGCUCUUUACUCGACUUUUCCAGCGGCUCGUCGUUAAUUCCCAGCAACAUUUUACCUGUUCUGCCGUGGCGUCGGCGAUAGCGAUGAUAGCCGGCUUCGUCGCAGAGCUAUUGCCUCUUUGGAUACCAGUUUUACGAGCUGCCACAUUCGGCCUCGUUAACGAAAGCUGAGAGGUACCCGUGAUAAAAAUGGCUCAGUGGUCGAUGCCUCGGGCAGACGAUAUUUACAUGAGACUGCCCGGUGUAGAUGAUAGAAGUCGUCGAAACCCGAGGUUACUACGCAUCCUCGAGCCUGGGGACCCCUUCUCGAAGACAUCCCAAGAAGCCUCGCCUCCGAGCUCUCCUGUUAUCUUCCAUCGUUCUUCCCGGGGUGGGAAUUCCGGGAUGCCGGAAGUUGAUUUCGUUCAGCUCUCGCCUUGUUUGUUGCUUUACGCUUGUACCUAGGUCAUCUAUUAUCUGGGUUUUGUUUCGAAACUCAACUGCAUCCGCCGCUUCCGUGGCGUACACUAGCUUGAUCUCA